AUGGCAGGAAUCGUUCACAAGAUUGGAGACGCCCUCCACAUAGGAGGAGGUAACGAGCACAAGAAAGACGAGGAAUACAAGAAGGAAGGUGAGCACCACAAGGACAAGAAAGACGAGCACCACAAGGACAAGAAAGACGAACACCACAAGAAAGACGGCGAUCACAAAGAGAAAGACAAAGACGACAAGAAGAAGAAGAAGAAGGACAAGAAGAAGGAUGGCCAUGACAGCAGCAGCAGCGACAGCGACUAA